AGUGAGUGUAUCUUGUGCUCUGGUUGUAUCAACUUGUCAUUCUUUUAAAAAAUCUCACUCUUUGCCUUGCAUACCUAGUCACCAGAUACUGUCAUUAGUCUGAUACUGAGAUAUAGCGACAAGUCCUGGAUAUUGCUGCAGCAAAUGGGUCUGGCAGCGCCUCGCAAGAGGACCAAGAUUUCGAACGAUCCGAACAAUACAAACUGGGCUCGAUCGACGAGUGGUUAUGGACAAAAAAUCCUCAGCUCUCAGGGAUGGGCUCCUGGUGAUUUAUUAGGUGCCAAAAAUGCUCCUCAUGCCAGCAUGCUUACGACUGCGAGCGUAUCCCACAUCAAAGUCACUAUCAAGGACGAUACACUUGGUUUAGGUGCUAGCUUAAAACGCGAUGCUUUCGGUGGACCAACAGGGCUCGACGCUUUCAAAGGCUUGUUAGGUCGACUUAAUGGGAAGACGGAGGAGGAGCUGAGCGCAGAACAGCGCAAGACCGAUGAUAUAAGAUUAAUCCAGUAUGCUGCCACUAAAUGGCAGGCUGUCAGGUUUGUGAGUGGCGGACUGUUAGUCCAAGAGAAAGUCAAGGUGGUGCCCGUGGACGUUCUAGAAGAAGAUUCUGUCGAAGACUCUCCUUCUCAAAAAUCAAGUGAUACAGGGGAGAAGAAGAAGAAGAAGAGAAGGAAGGAAGAUGCAAGGACCGAAGAUCCUGACGACAACAAUGCUGCCUCGAACAAUACCGCCAUUGAUAAAGACGCGCAGGCCUCCGACUCGGAUCGCAGAAAGUCAAAAAAGAAUACACUGAGCCCGUCAGAGGACAGCAAGAAUAUUCCGAUCCCCAAAGUAUCAAGCGGGUCCAAAGAGCGUAUACCGAUGGGAAGACAUGUUGUCAGGGGCCGGCAUAUUGCCCAGAAGAAAAAGGCUCUGCUAGAUGAUAAGUCGCUUAAUGAGAUUUUCAUGAUCAAGUCAUAGAUACCACAGCCUUAGACAACUUCGUCCAUUUCUUACGACAUGGGAAAGUCAAUAGAAGCAGUGCCAUUUUUGCAUGACUGCAUUAUCUAUCAUUUAGAACUAUACCUAUUUAUUCAUAUAUCAUCAUAUUCUGAUUAUCUAAAAUCUAUCAUGAGCUAGCCAAGUGCCUUUACAGC